UUCCUUUACGCCCAAACUACGCUGGGCACACACAUCUUUUUGGGUAGGGCUCUUACGGUAGCCAAAUUCUUAUAGAGUUUGGGGAGUGCGGGUAGCACUCAAAAAUGUGCGGCAUUCUUGCCGUCCUCAACACGACGGAUGACAGCCAGGCUAUGCGCUCGAGGGUGCUGGCCCUGAGCCGUCGCCAGCGUCACCGUGGCCCCGACUGGUCUGGCAUGCACCAGUUCGGCAACAACUUCCUUGCCCAUGAGCGCCUUGCGAUUAUGGACCCCGCCUCGGGUGACCAGCCCCUGUUCAACGAGGACCGCACAAUCGUGGUCACCGUGAACGGUGAGAUCUACAACUACAAGGAGCUGCGCCAGCAGAUCACGGAUGCCUGCCCCGGCAAGAAGUUCGCCACCAACAGCGAUUGCGAGGUGAUUAGCCACCUGUACGAGCUGCACGGCGAGAAGGUGGCCUCCAUGCUGGACGGCUUCUUCGCCUUCGUGGUGCUGGACACCCGCAACAACACCUUCUACGCCGCGCGCGACCCCAUUGGCAUCACCUGCAUGUACAUCGGCUGGGGCCGUGACGGCAGCGUGUGGCUGUCGAGCGAGAUGAAGUGCCUGAAGGAUGACUGCACCCGCUUCCAGCAGUUCCCUCCCGGGCACUUCUACAACUCCAAGACGGGUGAGUUCACCCGCUACUACAACCCCAAGUACUUCCUGGACUUCGAGGCCAAGCCGCAGCGUUUCCCCAGCGCUCCCUACGACCCCGUCGCGCUGCGUCAGGCGUUCGAGCAGUCCGUGGAGAAGCGCAUGAUGUCGGAUGUGCCGUUCGGCGUGCUGCUGUCGGGCGGCCUGGACAGCUCGCUGGUGGCGUCCAUCGCGGCGCGCAAGAUUAAGCGUGAGGGCAGCGUGUGGGGCAAGCUGCACAGCUUCUGCGUGGGCCUGCCCGGCAGCCCUGACCUGAAGGCUGGCGCCCAGGUGGCUGAGUUCCUGGGCACCGACCACCACGAGUUCCACUUCACGGUGCAGGAGGGCAUUGACGCCAUCAGCGAGGUCAUCUACCACAUUGAGACCUUUGACGUCACCACCAUCCGCGCCUCCACGCCCAUGUUCCUGAUGAGCCGCAAGAUCAAGGCGCUGGGCGUGAAGAUGGUGCUGUCAGGCGAGGGUUCCGACGAGGUGUUCGGCGGCUACCUGUACUUCCACAAGGCGCCCAACAAGGAGGAGUUCCAGUCGGAGACUGUGCGCAAGAUCCAGGACCUGUACAAGUACGACUGCCUGCGCGCCAACAAGUCCACCAUGGCUUGGGGCGUGGAGGCGCGCGUGCCGUUCCUGGACCGCCACUUCCUGGACGUGGCCAUGGAGAUCGACCCCGCCGAGAAGAUGAUUGACAAGAGCAAGGGCCGCAUCGAGAAGUACAUCCUCCGGAAAGCCUUCGAUACCCCCGAGGACCCCUACCUGCCCAACGAGGUGCUCUGGCGCCAGAAGGAGCAGUUCAGCGACGGCGUGGGCUACAACUGGAUCGACGGCCUCAAGGCGCACGCGGACAGCCAGGUCAGCGACGACAUGAUGAAGACGGCCGCGCAUCGGUACCCCGACAACACGCCCCGCACCAAGGAGGCGUACUGGUACCGCAGCAUCUUCGAGACCCACUUCCCCCAGCGUGCCGCCGUGGAGACGGUGCCGGGCGGCCCCUCGGUGGCCUGCUCCACCGCCACCGCCGCGCUGUGGGACGCCACCUGGGCUGGCAAGGAGGACCCCUCGGGCCGCGCCGUGGCCGGCGUGCACGACUCGGCCUACGACGCCGCCGCCGCCGCCAACGGCGAGCCGGCUGCCAAGAAGGCCAAGAAGUAAACGGGCCUUGUCCACCACUUGCGGUCCCGACUGCGGCAGCUGAGACUAGCUGUCAGAGGUUGCUGCGCAUGGGGCCGCGGCGUGCGUCGCUACCGGGAAGCAGCGUGCUGUGGGGGAGUUUGAUGUGCUUCCUGAUCAGCAUCGUGCUCGCGGAGUAGCGAGAGCGAGUCCGGAUCAUGCACGCGAUGCGGCUGCAUGCAUAAAGAGCAGCACCUCAGCUGCACCGCCGUCUGUGCAUGCAUGGCCAGUGAUUCCACCAGGUGCACGGCCUUGCGUUUUUGAGCGAAGAGCACACGUCACGGAUGUCAACGCGUUAUUCGGGGGCUACGAGCCUGCGCGCUAUUGUGUCGUGUUUUACUGGCGUGGAGUGUCGUGGAUGCUGUUUCUGACAGAUGUCUUUCACUGCGAGUGUGAAUCAUAGGGGUGACUUGACGGUCAAUGUAGACGAGGAACGGGGAGACGACAUGCCCAUUGACAGGAUGACUAGGUCUUGACGGUGGAGGAUGGGUCACGGGCGGCACAAGACGCGGGGGAACAGGCGGUGCGAAGUCCAGCACAUGGAUUAAUUAGAUAAAGGGGCGCCAGCAACUUGGCGCCCGCGUAGAAAGUCAUGAAGCCAUGCUAGGCGGUAGUCGCAAGGAAGCGAGAACGGGAUGGGACGCAGCUGCACACGUGCGGCGGUGGGGAGCCGCUGAAGCUCUUUAAGAAGACGU